CCCACCGAACGUAGGCUCGCCUCCUUGCGACCUUCCUUUCUGCUCAUAGCCCGUCGAUGUUCCGAAAGUCGGGUUUGUGUUCGGUCUUCGCAGCUCGUGUGCUGUCCUCAUCUCGGACGACCGUUUCCAGUCUUCGUGCGAGCCAAAUACGCACACUCAGCUGUCACCUGGUUUGCAGAAAAACGAUCACCUCAUCAACCCCUCAAUCCAGAGUUCCAACUCCCAGAGCCCAAUUCGGACCAAACUUGGUCAGGCAUCUCGGUACGAAAAUUCGAAGUCUGCAGAAACGGACCGGACCAACACCUCUUUCCCAGUCCGAGGGCCUUUCAGAUCAGAGUCCACUCGACAUCUAGCCAUGGCUGUCGACUUCAACGACAGGGAUAUUCUCCCGGAUACUGUCAAACCGAUCAACUAUGACAUCUCCAUCUAUGAUCUCGAGCUCGGGGGUGAUUUCGGUUAUCAGGGAACUGUCAGCAUCCUUUCUGAGGUCAUCAAGAGCUCAAAGGAGAUUGUUCUGAAUUCCCACCAGCUCAAGAUCCAUAGUGCCGAGGUGAAAUUGGAACACACGAAGACUCAGCAGACGUUUACGGCCUCGGAAAUAUCCUAUGAUGUCCCCAGACAGCGAGUCACGUUGUCUUUCCCAGAAGAGAUCCCUCUUUCUGAGAAGGCUGCUAUUGUCCUCUCAUUUCAAGGAACAAUCAAUAACGAUAUGGCUGGGUUCUACCGAUCAAAGUACAAGCCUACCGUGACCCCAGCACCAUCAGUUCCAAAGGAUGGUGAGCACCAUGUGAUGUUGUCGACACAGUUUGAAUCUUGUGACGCUCGCCGGGCCUUUCCCUGUUUCGAUGAACCAAACCUCAAGGCUACAUUUGAUUUCCAGAUCGAGUUCCCAGAAGAUCAGGUCGCACUGAGCAACAUGCCUAAGAAGGCGGUCAAGAAGGGCAAAGACGGAUUCAAGAUCGUUUCAUUUGAGAGAACACCAAUUAUGAGUACCUACCUGUUGGCCUGGGCUGUGGGAGACUUCGAAUAUGUUGAAGAUUUUACCAAGCGAACCUACAAUGGCAAGCAUUUGCCAGUGCGUGUUUACACCACGAAGGGAUUGAAGGGCCAAGCCCAGUUCGCUCUUGACCAUGCGCCUCAAAUAAUUGACUACUUCAGCGAGAUAUUUCAGAUUGAUUAUCCAUUGCCAAAGUGUGAUCUCCUUGCUGUUCAUGAAUUUUCUCACGGAGCGAUGGAGAACUGGGGACUGAUAACUUAUCGAACCACCGCUGUUUUGUUCGACGAGAAGGCUUCAGACAUCAAGUACAAGAACAGAGUUGCUUAUGUCGUUGCUCAUGAGCUAGCACAUCAGUGGUUUGGAGAUCUUGUGACCAUGGACUGGUGGAAUGAGCUGUGGCUCAACGAAGGCUUUGCAACAUGGGUUGGAUGGCUCGCCACGGACCAUAUUCAUCCAGAUUGGCAUGUCUGGCCCCAGUUUGUGUCCGACGGGAUGCAAACUGCCUUCACUCUAGACUCCCUUCGCAGCUCUCAUCCAAUUGAGGUUCCGGUCAAAGAUGCUCUUGAUGUAGACCAAAUUUUCGAUCAUAUCAGCUAUUUCAAGGGGAGUUCUGUUAUUCGAAUGUUGGCAAACCACCUCGGACAAGAAACCUUUCUAAAGGGCGUGAGUAAUUACCUCAAAGCGCAUGCCUACGGUAAUGCAAAGACCAAUGACCUCUGGUCCGCUCUCAGCCAGGCAUCGGGAGAGGAUGUUCCAGCUCUUAUGGAUCCAUGGAUCCGGUCAAUCGGAUUCCCUGUUCUGACAGUCAGUGAAGACCCUGGUCAAAUCAGCGUCAAGCAAACACGCUAUCUUUCCACAGGUGAUGUCAAAGCCAACGACGACAAUACGACCUGGUGGAUUCCUCUGGGUCUUGAAGGCAAAAGUGGCACUACUGCAGUUGCAUCUAUUGCCUUCACUAAAAAGCAGGAUGUUAUCCGCGAGGUUGAUGAUUCAUUCUACAAGCUCAAUAAGGACAAUGCUGGGUUCUACCGCGUAAACUUACCUCCCACGAGACUUUCCAAGCUUGGAGGUCAGAUAAAUCGCUUGAGUAUCUGUGAUAAGAUUGGUUUGAUUGGCGAUGCUGGUGCUUUGGCCCUCUCGGGCGAAGCUUCGACACCUGGUUUAUUGGGCUUUCUUGAAGGCUUCCAAUCGGAGACGAAUUUUCUGGUCUGGUCUCGGAUUCUUGGUUCGCUUGGCACGGUCAAGUCAGUUUUCUCGGAAGAUGAAGCUAUUAUGAAUGCCUUGAAGAAAUUCACGCUCAAGUUGAUUGCUCCCGCUGUGGAGAAAAUCGGUUGGGAGUCGUCAGAGGGAGAGGAAGAUUUUCUUACGUCGCAAUUGAGGGCAGCACUUCUCCUCUCUGCAGGCAUGAAUGGGCAUGAACAGGUCGUUGCUGCGGCCAAGCGCCAGUUCGAUCUGUAUACCACAGGUAAAGGCCAUGUUGACCCGAAUCUUCGUGGUGCAAUCUUCGGUAUUGCCAUCCGUGAGGGGGGCAAAUCUGAAUACGCCGCUCUCAAGAAGGAAUGGCAGACAACCACUUCGGUCGACGGAAGAGAGAUAUCCCUCCGAGCAUUGGGCCGAAUUCGAGAUACCGAGCUCCUUCCCGACUAUCUAGAGUUUCUCUUCAACGAAGUGGCUACCCAAGAUAUGCACACCGGCGCUAUCAUGCUUGCUGCCAACUCCAAGACUCGGAAUGGCCUAUGGCGGUAUAUUCAAGAUAACUUUGAUCCUAUCAAGGAGAAGCUUGGAAAGAACAUGGUUGUGCUUGACAGGUUUAUCAAACAAUCUUUGAUCAAGUUCAAUGACAGAGAGGCCGAGAAGGAGAUCGCGGUGUUCUUCGAAGGCAGAGACAACAGGGGAUACGACCGUUCCCUCAAGGUGAUUAGCGACACGAUCCUUGGUCGCGCAGCAUACAAAGAGAGAGACGCGAAAAUGGUAUCAGAGUGGCUGGCGGCGCAUGGUUACGCCUGACCAUCUAUGACUGUGAGCGAACCUCAUUCUGGGAAUCUGCGGAUCUAGUCAUGAACGCAAGUUACUGCGCAUCGGUUGUGGACUUAGCUAGAUGGUGGAACAGCAAUGUCAAAAGGAACGGCUCCGAGACUAACACUACCAAAACAAUUAAGCCAAAUUACUCUUACAUUGUCUCGUUGUGCACAGAAAAGGUUGCACUCAUUUCCAAUGUCCCAAAAUCAUACUGGACGUUCGAUCUUCUCCGAA